AUGGCUUUCUCGCCGGCGGCUUACGCACUCUUCGGCCUCCUGCUCUACGCCAGCAUAGCCCUCGCUCGAACCAUCCUCAACGGCGUCCGCAACCCCCUGAACAAAGUCCCCGGUCCUCUCUAUGCACUCUUUACGAACCUGCCGCUCAAACUAUCCGUCAUAACAGGACGCCGAGUCCACUUUGUCCACACCCUGCAUCUGAAGUACGGGCCCUACGUGCGCAUCGCGCCUGACGAGGUGGCCGUCAACUCCAUACAGGGCUUCAGACAGAUCCACGGCAUCGGCAACGGCUUCACCAAGAGCCCGUGGUACCAAGACAUGGUCCUCACCGACCGGCCCGGUGUCUUUUCCAUGACGGAUCCGAAGCGGCAUGCAGCGAGACGGAAGCUUUUCGCUCGCCCGUUCAGUAAGACGCAUAUCCGCGAGCACUGGGAGCCUGCCGUGCGUGAGAGGAUCGAGCUUGCGGUGUCCUCGAUGCGGAAGGAAGCAGCGUCGACGAUGGGAGGAUGCAUUGUCGAUGUGAUGAAGUGGUGGACGUUCAUGGCGUCCGAUGUCUCAUCCAAGCUGAUGUUCGGGGAGUGUUUCCACACUCUCGAGCGCGGCGAGGUGAGCGAUUACAUGCGCGUACUCGCCAACGUGCUCAAAGGAGCCGGUAUUGGUGCCGAGUUGCCCGUGGUGAGGCAGGUUGGUAAGAUGCUGCCCUUCCAAGCCGCGCAGGAGUUCUUUGGCGGCAACGAGUUCCUCGAUGCGUACGGGAAGACUGCAGUCAAAAACAUGAAGGCGAGCGGCAGUAGCAGCAGGAACAUCUUUGCGAACAUCAUGGCCGAAGCCGAGAAGGGCGAGCGGCUCGACGACCGGGACGUCGAGCUAGAGGCUAUGGGUUUGAUCGUUGCGGGCACGGACACCACGGCCUUUAGCCUCACAUACCUGAUAUAUGCCGUGCUUUCCAGGCCGCGACUGCAGCAGCAGCUGGAAGACGAGGUUGCUGCGCUGCCGGAGGGAUACAGAGAUGCUGACUUGGAGGCCUUGCCGUUGUUGAGUGCUGUGAUCGAAGAGACGUUGCGCUUAUACGGUGCCGCUCCAGGCAUGUUACCUCGUAUGGUGCCCUCAGGCGGUAUCGAUCUAGACGGUCACUUCCUGCCAGACGGGACAACGGCAACCACCCAUAGCUACUGUCUUCACCGAGACCCCAAUCUAUAUCCGGAGCCGGAGGAGUUCAACGUAUCCCGCUGGCUGGCAUCAACGAGCGCAGAUGACAAGUACCGGCUGAGCGAGGCUGGCAAGCAUGCCUUUUCGCCAUUUGGUGGAGGUAGUCGUAGCUGUCUCGGCGUACACUUGGCCUAUAUGGAACUUCGACUCAGCGCGGCCGAGUUUUUCCGCGUGUGCAGGGGUGCUCGCCUGGCCCCAUCUGCGACGGCGGCAUGCAUGGAGAUGGAAAACUACUUCAUCAUCUCGCCAGCAGGGCAUAAGUGCGAGGUGAUCCUAAAGCAGUAG